AUGGGCCAGCGACUCUACCUUGGCCUUGUUCAUCUCCUGCGACUUGUAUGGGACCUUUCAAAACCGCUUCUGCUUCGCCUCUGGCCCCGCCUCAGUCGUGGUGACGCAGCUGCCCCGGACGUUGAGCUUGCCAGCAACAAAAACAACAACAACAACAACGCCGCCCCGGAGCCGCUGCCGCUGCCGCGCGAGGCCGCUCACGCUACUGCUGAUUCCUUCAUCGACGCGCUGCAGUAUGAACGUGUGGCGAAUCUUGCAUCUCGUUACAACGGCGGUACGCCGUGUCACGUUCUGUAUCAUCUCUGCGGGAGCUUCAACGCGUGCUUCUUCGUCGAGUUUGCCGAGUGCCGCACGCGCUGGACCGUUCGCGUCCCUAUAGAGCCGAGCCUGCACAAGCCCUGGGAGAAGCUCCAAAGUGAGGUCGCGACACUCAACUACAUCCGUGCUCACACGACGAUCCCUGUCCCGGUAGUCCACGCGUUUGGGAGAGACGCAGUGCUGACGAAUAAUGAGUCACAAUGCCAAAUCUUCCUCAUCUCAAGCAUGAUUCCCGGGAGGCCGCUGACCGACCCCGUCAUGGAGAUCUUGUACCAAGCCGACGACGCCACCAAGAAGCAGUUCUUCCUCCAACUGAUCGACUAUCUCGCACAGCUGCGCGGCCUCACCUUCCCGAAGCCGGGCUCCCUGAUGCUGACGACGUCUGAAGAGCCAUUGCUCGGCGCGCCUUUAUCGAUUAUAGCAGACGAGCACCGAUCCGAGCUGCCGUCUAUGACCACCGCAACCGAAUACAUGCGCGCACAACAUCAACUUCUAACCCAGGACGUCGCAACACCCGAGCCAAAGUUCUCAGAAGAUGACUAUCGCUAUGAGUUAUUUGCACUCCAUACCAUGCGAGAGCAGUUCGAUCAGUUCAUUCAAGAGCCUUUAGAGGCUGGCCCCUUCAUCCUACACCAUCCCGACAUGCAGCCAUGCAACAUCAUCGUCGACGAUGAUUUGAAGAUCCAAGGCAUCAUUGACUGGGAAUUCACCCACACCGUUCCGUUGCAGCUCUUCACCCCGCCGCUGUGGACCCCCGCGCGGAGGGACUGCGCUUAG